UUAUAAAAUUUCGUUUCAAUCAACAAUUCAACAUUAUUUAAAUUAAAAUAACAAGUGAAUUGCGAUGAAUUUAGUUGUUUUUACCAGUUUAACUAUUAUUUAAGAUUGUAACUAAUAGAAAUAUGGAUUUGUCAAGUAGUAUAAGUGAACAACUACGCAAAUUAUGCGUGGUAUUAUCGUCAGAUCCAGAUGCGGCUCAUGAAUUAGCAGUGUCAUACCUCACACCUACUGGUAAGAAGAUUCGGUCGAUUCGAGAUGAGAGGCAGCUGUGUUCCAAGAUACACUCUCAUCUUUUCUCAGCAUCAGCUAAAGAUGCAGAAAAAUUUGAUGAAUGUUAUUCUAAAUUGAAGCAAUGUAUGGUUUUCAAGCAACGGGCUGCAGUACUAACUUUACUUCUGACAUUAUCAGAGUCAAAGCAAGACAAGCAAUCCACCCAUCAACUUUUUCCGAUUCCAAAUUUGCCUUCAUUACAAUCUGGUAAUGGUCUACCAAUUUCCAGUACUAGCAGCAAAGUAACUGUUGCAUCAAGUUGGGAAAACAAUCUAGCAAAACUGGGCUCCAAUCAUAGUCUUCCAUCAAACCAAAGCAACAUGGUAUUAGCUCUGCCAACAGAUAGUGGAUCCAGUGAUCGUAGUUGCAUCCGAGAUGUGGUUCUAGCAGCCACAGGGAUCAAAUCCCGCGGUGCCUGCAAUGGGCCCCGACCUAUGCAGAUGCUGUAUGCGCGCAUAGCGCAUCUAGGCUUCCUCCAUGACAGGCUCAAAGAGUUCAUUGACCCCAACUCUGGGUUAAUGCCUCAAGGUCUUAUGGGUGAAGGUUUAGUGUCAUCAAUAAGGGAUGAACUUACAGAGUAUUAUCGCAGUGUUGCUCUCCUUCAGUCACAGGCAUGUCAAGGAGACGGCGGGGGAGCGACUCUGCGCAGGAUUGCAGUGUGGGCCCAAGAGCCUCUACAUCGACUGACGUGGCUGGCCAACAUUGCCCAUACUGCUUACCACAAAAAAGGUGGUGAACUGGCCUCCUGCGUACACCGCUUCGUGAGGCACGGAGACGAAAGAGUAGUGGUCCUGGCGCGGCGACUGCUGACGGCGCUUACUUAUCCUCUGCUGCUGAUGCUCACUAGAUGGCUCUUACAUGGCGAAAUUGAUGAUCCUUUCAAUGAAUUCUUCAUUGAGAGCAGAAGCAGCGUAGAGAUAGAAAGAAUGUGGCAUGACAAAUAUAGAGUCAGGGAAUGGAUGAUGCCGUCGUUCAUAUCGAAGGAGCAGGCGGCGCAGAUCCUCGCCACGGGCAAGAGCGUGGUGUUCAUGCGCGAGGCGUGCCCCAAGGGCUCCACGGACCCCAGCGACCAUGCGGAGUGCUUGGAAGCCUUGUUGAAACAUACCACUGAAUCCGAUUCCACGGUACCCUGGUGGGAAGCGGAAGGGUUCCGGUCGUCGGUGGCGGACGCGCACUCGGUCGUGUCUCUGCGGCUGUUGGACGCGCUCACCACGCACCACCACAUCGUCGACCACCUGGUGGCGCACCGCCGCUACCUGCUGUUCUCGCAGGGCGACUUCGUGCACCAUCUCAUGACGCUGUUGAAGGACGAACUGAACAAGCCUGCGACGUCUCUGUUCGUGCACAACCUCACUUGCACGCUGGAAGCCGCCGUGCGCGCCACUUCUGCGCAGUACGAACCCCCGCACGUGUUAGAGAGUUUACAGGUCAACUUGUAUCACAAUGGAGACGGUCGCGACGAAUGCGGCUGGGACGUGUUCGCGCUGCAGUACCACGUGUCGGGCCCGCUCGGCACGCUGUUCCCGCCGUCGUGCGCGGCGCGGUACCGCGCGCUCUUCAGCCAGCUGUGGCGCGUCAAGCGCAUAGAGCAGAGCCUCUACGACGCGUGGCUCGAUCACGCCAUACUGCAGAAGAAAUUGAAGCAUAUGCCUGAGGUGUGGGGUCUGAUGCGGCGCGUGUCGUGCCUGCGCGCCGAGGCGCUGCGGCUGUGCGGCGCGCUGCAGGAGGCCAGCGGCGUGGCGGUGGAGCCGGCGUGGGAGGCGCUGCUCAGCGCCGCCGCCGACCGCCAGCCGCUCGACGCGCUGCUCGCGCUGCACCGCGCCGCGCUAGAGCGCCACGCCGUGCACGCCAUGAUACACCACACCACGCAGGAGCUGCAGUCCUACCUAGGAAACGUGCUAACAGAAACUCUAGCGUUACGGAGGUUCGAAGCUAAGCUAAAUGCUGGAAUCAACGCGGAACUGGACCGGAGGGACCGAAUACAGCAAGUGAAAGCCGAAAGGGUAGCCAGAGGUGAAUUCGCUAUCACGGCUGCAGAAGAAGCCAAGGAUAAAGAAGAAAGGAAGGUGUUCCACCAGUUUUUGACAAGUCGAAAAGCCGAUCUGAAUGUCUGGGCUCGCACAUAUAGGGUACACGUGACAUCGCUGAUUCUGAAGCUUGCCCUCCACGGCGAGGUGUCGCUACAAACACUCGCGUUCCGGCUUGAUUACAGCGACUUCUACAAGCGCGGCGACGCCAAGCUGCACCACCCGCUCACCUACCAGCACAAGCGGCUCAGCGAGAUCGGGAUCAGCUUGGCUAAGAGUAAAGUGAUAAUAGAUCGCUCCAAGAAGAAGUGACGUUUCGUAAUCACGAAACUAAAGACGGCGCCUCUGGGGUGCUUACCGUGCAUGGAGCUCGGUUGUCUUCGAGUCAGCUGACCAGGACCUUAUAAUUAAAACCUAUAUAACGGACUGUUAGUGUGCAUCACCUGUCAAGCGUGAGUUGGUCUUAGGGAAAAAAUCGAGACUUUGUAAUUAAUUAUGUAUCGUGCGAGUGGCCCACACUUAGCUGGUUACUUUCCAAAGUUUUUAUUUUUAUUUUGUUCCUUAAUAUCAAUUCUCAGUAAAAAUAAACGUACCUAAGUUUACUAGAUCUAAUUUGGAAUUCCAUUUUUAUUAAAUAACUAAAUAUGUGGUGCAUGUCAAUGCGAUUGAUUACGAUAGACAUGGUGAUUUGGUGAAUUGCCCGGCAAUCCCGGCAUAGUAGCCAGUAGCCAGCCCCACUAUAAAAUUAUAAGUAGGUACACUAAAAAAACUAAGUUAAUGACGCACCGACUGAAAUUGAGUCUUAGCCUCCGACAGGGAGGCAAUAACACUCUUUAACUUAUUAGUAUUUGUCAUUAAUUGUUUUAAUUUCGAUACCCGUACAUGUAGUGUAACUUGCCAUGCCAAGACUUUAUUUAGGUUGUUGUCAACUAGUCUCAACUUACGUCACAAAAAGAUAUUAGUAAGAAAAACCACAAUAAUGAAAUGUUUCAUGUCAUGACUAUGUAAUAGGCAACCUUUUUUUAAUGUUGAAUCAUUCCUUUAGUCUUCCUAAAAUGGGUGUAUAAAGGAUAAUAAUUGUUCAUAUGUUGAUAUUGUGUCCUUAAGGUUCUAUUUUCUUGUGAGAACUUGUUUGAUAAUGAAUUGUAUUCAGAAGGAACAGGGCUGUAUAUGUGUAACGAUCUGACCACAAAUAUGUUCUUCCAAUAUGUUGCAUAUAAGUUUUUUUUUACGUUUAGGAGCCGUGUUGUGGCUCCAAGUUUGUGGUCUGAUUGCCACGGCCACAAAAACUUGUCAAACCCAAAAUUAUUUUCUAAUUCCUUAUGUAUUUAGAAUAUGUUGCGUUAACCCACCUUAAGCUUGCCAUAGACUAAAAUAAUCUCAAACAGCUUUGAAUGCAUAUGAAUCUCUAUAUGUGCCAUUAUUAUUGCAUUUAAUUGAAAUAUCACGCCCUUAAUAAACAUGACAAAUCGUUGAACAGUA